UAUAGAGAGCGACCGAGAGAGCAGCAGCUCUUUGAAAUAAAAUCUCCCCGGAAUGCAGAGCGUGAGCUGCGCGCCGUGGGUUUACUGUUGGGAGUUGUUCUGAAAGGCAGUGCUAAACGUGGACAACUGGAGCCGUUCCUCCGUAUUAAGAGUCUGGCCGGAGCUGUCAGAACCACGCCUAUAGGGGCCCACAAUUGGUCCAGAAAGCGUAAAAUCAGCAAUCAAAGGGGCUUGGUUCAUUAGUGUUGGGGAUGGAGGCAGGAAGGACAUGUGAGAUAGUCACAGAUCUGCAGUGAACGGGGCCACAUCUCUCCAGUCAGUGUGGGAUGACUGAAGCAGAGGAACUGCUUCUUUCUGUGAGAGGUACUCAGCGCAGCCGGGCUCUGCCUUCACAGCGCCGCUUCCACUGAAGGACUCGGCGGAGGAACCGCAGGAAAACCCACCAGCGGCAACUCUGGGCUAUUUUCUUCACCCUGAUAACGCGCUGCCGUGCGCCAGGGCGCUGUGCUCUCCUGUGCCGCUUUACACAAAUUAACUGCUCGCGAAGCGCGGACCUACACUGGCUCUAGUUUGGGGGGAAAUACCACUAAAAACAUCCAUUAUUUCACUUCGGUUUUUGUGGAUGCACCGAUGAGAGAUCCAGUUUUUACAGGGACUGCAAUGGCUUAUCACCCUUUCCACGCACACCGGCCGACCGACUUCCCAAUGUCCGCCUUUCUAGCGGCCGCGCAGCCUUCCUUCUUCCCGGCGCUCAGCCUGCCUCCCGGGGCGCUCACUAAGCCUAUUGCGGACCACGGCCUGGCCGGGGCGGCAGAGGCUGGGCUCCACCCGGCCCUCAGCCACCAUCAGGCGGCUCAUCUCCGCAGCAUGAAGAGCCUGGAGCCCGAGGAGGAAGUCGACGACGACCCCAAAGUUACACUGGAAGCCAAGGAUCUUUGGGACCAGUUUCAUAAACUCGGGACGGAGAUGGUUAUUACCAAGUCUGGAAGGAGGAUGUUCCCUCCGUUCAAAGUGCGAAUAAACGGGCUCGAUAAAAAAGCCAAGUACAUCCUGCUGAUGGACAUCGUGGCGGCGGACGACUGCCGCUACAAGUUCCACAACUCCCGCUGGAUGGUGGCGGGCAAGGCCGACCCGGAGAUGCCCAAGAGGAUGUAUAUCCACCCGGACAGCCCGGCCACCGGCGAGCAGUGGAUGGCCAAGCCUGUUGCUUUCCAUAAACUCAAGCUGACCAACAACAUCUCGGACAAGCACGGAUUUGUCCAGACAAUCCUGAACUCCAUGCACAAGUACCAGCCCCGGUUCCACAUAGUGCGGGCCAACGACAUCCUGAAGCUCCCCUACAGCACCUUCAGGACGUACGUCUUCCCGGAGACCGAGUUCGUGGCUGUGACGGCGUACCAGAACGACAAGAUAACGCAGCUAAAGAUCGACAACAACCCAUUUGCCAAAGGAUUCCGGGACACGGGGAACGGAAGGAGAGAGAAAAGGAAACAGCUGACUAUGCCGUCGCUGCGGAUGUAUGAGGACCAGUGCAAGGCGGAUCGGGAAGGUGCGGACUCGGACGCCUCCUCCAGUGAUCCUCCGAUCGGCAGGGACGCCGCCCACUCCCCGCUGGGAGCCGGUUCCAGUCCGUUGAGGUUCAGCAGGCCCAGUCGAGAUGACAAAACAUGCACUGACAGCGAGCAGGAGCUGGAGCACCACGACGAGCUCUGUGCCGGCUCCAACAGCCCGGGACCUGAACCCGAGUCCCCCUACAGCUCCAGGUGUGAGGAGCGCGUGAGGGACAGGCCUAGCACAGAAAAGAAGGACGACUCCAUAUUCAGUAUAAGGAACCUUGAGAAGGACAAAGCGGAGAGCAGGCACAGGAAGGACACCGUGGACGUGUUGACAAAGGACUCAGAGGCUGGAGGCAUCAGUGCCACUAAGGAAGCCUUCUCCCCUCUCAUGGUCCAGACCGAGAGCCCCUCGCACUUCAGCCCGGGCCACUUACAAAGCCUGGCUCUGUCUGGCCUGCACAGUCAGCAGUUCUUUAACCCUCUGAACACCGGAUCGCCGUUGUUGUUUCACCCCGGGCAGUUUGCCAUGGCCCCCGGAGCCUUUUCUGCUAUGGGCAUGGGGCAUCUAUUGGCCUCUGUAUCCGGAGCAAGUGGUUUGGAAAACGGCAGCCUCUCCGCCCAGGGCUCAGGAGGAACCCCCAGCCCAUUCCCCUUCCAUCUGUCCCAGCACAUGCUCGCCUCUCAGGGCAUCCCCAUGCCUUCCUUUGGAGGUCUGUUCCCGUACCCCUACACCUACAUGGCGGCAGCUGCAGCGGCAGCCUCGGCCUCAGCCCUCCCCGCCACCAGCACCUCCAGCCCACUCUCCAGGAACCCGUUCCUGAGCUCAUCCCGGCCCCGGCUCCGCUUCAACCCCUAUCAGCUCCCAGUGUCGCUGUCUCAGAGCUCCAGCCUGCUCACCACCGGCCUGCAGGGCGGCCUCAACCCGGGCUCUGAAUCCUCCAAACCGGGCAGCAGGGAGACCAGCCCAGCCCCGGAGCAUCACAGCAACCACAAGACGGGAGGGUCGAGCAGGAGGACCGCGUCUCCCAAAACCUCUGUGAAGGACUCAGUGAAUGAGCUGCAGAGCAUCCAGAGACUGGUGAGCGGCCUGGAGGGCCAGAGGGAGCCCUCCCCGACUGCAGACUCUCCUAAGUGAUGAGGACUCUGUUUGGGAUCAAGACUUAACCAGAGGACUAUACGUGCAUAUGUCCUGUACAGCACAUUACAGAGACUGGGAUGAGGGUUUGACCGAUAUGGGUAGGUGAAGGCCGAUAACUGGUGUUUUUGGAACAAAGCUGCGGAUAGUCCACAGAAUUAAAUUGACUCUUCUUUAAGUCCUGAAGGUUUCCUCCAGGGCUCACCUGUUAGGGAGGGUGGGAGGCCAUUAUUUUCAACCAUCAUCGGACAACAAAAGUGUCCCCUCAGUUCCUCAGUGUUGAAGCGUGAGCAGCUCGUGAGGGCAGAGCCGCUGGGAAACAUUCCUACAUUAAUGAAAUUAAAAAAAAUAUAUAUCCAAAAUGACACUGAAGUAAAAUUUCAAGGAAAACACACCCAUUUUAGACAAAGAAGCACCAAAAUAAUUAUGAAAUAUUUACAGGAGAAAAAUGAAAAUAAAAAAGACAUGACCACUUGAAUAUUAUCAAUCGAAUUUAAGCAUAUCCAUUACAGCAGAGGUGGAGCGCACAAGGCCAGUAUCGGCUCCAUAUAUCGGUCUAACCUGCCUGAGGGGCCUGCAGCUCCGCAGACCGAGCGGUGCACAGUGGAGUGAGUGUGUGUGUGUGUGUGUGUGUGUGUGCGUGUGUGUGUGUGUUGGGUUUGGUUAACUUGAAGCGUUUGAGCACCCGGACCCGAGCCGGGCCCCGAACAGAACAGGAGCCUCAUCACGAUGACAGGCAGGUCUCGAGCUGCGUCCAAAAAACUUUGUUUAUUCCAGGCCUGAUUAUUUCACAAAGGCAUGGCAGGGGAGAGACAGACAGGAAGAACCGCUUAUCAUUUCAUGCCAGAAAAAAAAAAUGUUUCUGAACUAUUUAUGUAAUUAAAGAUAAAACAAAUUCUGUAAAUAAAGCUAAGAUCCAAGAAUAUGCAAUUGGUAUUAAUUUAUUCAAGGCUGUAUAUUAGCGUGUAUAUAUUUCGAAUUUAACUCGUUGCUUUUUUUUUUCUCCUCCCUCCUCCUCCUCCUCUUCUUCUCCCCCAAUUUUACAUGAACAUAUACUGUAAAUGAAAGCUAUUUAGCGCUUGUUGGUUUGAAAAACUGUGUAUGAAGCAUUGCUGAUUUUUUUGAGGACGUGUGUGCCAUGUUUUAGUCUGCAUCCACCGAAAAUGACAGAGGAACAGAGAGACAGAGAGACAGACAGACAGACAGAGAGAGAGAGAGAGAGAGAGUUCCACAUGGAUUCAAAAACACCUCAGGUUAUUUCACUCCAGCCAGGAGACAUUCAAAGCAAUUCCUCCUAUGGGCGCAUCAUUCAUAUCUAUUCAUAAAUAUAUUUAAAGAUGAAAGUAUCUUGUUUAUGCUGGUUGUCCGGGUUUUUUUGUUUUUGUUUUGUUUUUGUUUUCGUUUUUUUUUUUUUUUUUUGAUUGUCUCACAAUUUCAAUAAAAAAAUCGUUGUGCUGAAAUCUC